CUCCCCUGCCUGGCCCGCCCCGCCCCGGCCAGACAGAGCCCCGGUACACGGCAGCCCGCGGCGGGUCGCCGCGCCAGCCAAGUUGGGAUGGGGGCCCGAAGCCACCGCCUGGCGCCCCAGAGGCCACCUGCGUGCUAGAGGCAAACUUUUGUCUCCCUCGGGCUGUCACCCAGGACUAUGAGCAGCUGAGAUGGAGACGUCGGCCUCAGUCACUGCCACGGAGAAGAAAGACGCCAAAAGUGGGAGCCUGGAGGGUGCCGCUUUCCCCGACCCGGGCAGGAAGGCCUCUGCUCUUGCGGUGGCCACGGCGGCGGCGGUGGCUGCCCACGGAGUGCCACAGCACCUUUUGCCACCGCUCCAUGCGCCCUUACCGCUUGACAUGAGACACCAGGAGGGAAGGUACCAUUAUGAGCCCCACUCUGUCCACGGCGUGCACGGGCCUCCUGCCCUGAGUGGCAGCCCUGUUAUCUCCGACAUCUCGUUGAUCCGGCUUUCCCCGCAUCCCGCUGGCCCUGGAGAGUCCCCCUUCAACGCCCCCCACCCAUACGUGAGCCCCCACAUGGAGCAUUACCUCCGUGCCGUGCACAGCAGCCCCACCCUCCCCGCGAUCUCUGCAGCCCGGGGCCUCAGCCCCGCUGAUGUGGCCCAUGAGCACCUCAAGGAGAGGGGACUGUUUGGCCUCCCCCCUCCAGGCACCAACCCCUCAGACUAUUACCACCAGAUGACCCUCAUGGCGGGCCACCCUGCACCCUAUGGGGACCUGCUGAUGCAGAGUGGGGGUGCUGCCAGCGCACCCCAUCUCCACGACUACCUCAAUCCAGUGGAUGUGUCGCGUUUCUCCAGCCCACGGGUGACGCCCCGCCUGAGCCGCAAGCGGGCGCUGUCCAUCUCCCCGCUCUCGGACGCCAGCCUAGACCUGCAGCGCAUGAUCCGGACCUCCCCCAACUCGCUGGUGGCCUACAUCAACAACUCCCGGAGCAGCUCGGCAGCCAGCGGCUCCUACGGGCACCUGUCGGCAGGCGCCCUCAGCCCCGCCUUCACCUUCCCCCACCCCAUCAACCCGGUGGCCUACCAGCAGAUCCUGAGCCAGCAGAGGGGCCUGGGCUCAGCCUUCGGACACACUCCCCCCUUGAUCCAACCCUCGACCACCUUCCUGGCCCAGCAGCCCAUGCCCCUCGCCUCCAUCAACGCCACGCCCACCCAGCUCAGCAGCAGUGGCAACUGUCUGAGUGACAUCACCCAGAACAAGCCGAGCAGCGAGUCAGCCGUGAGCAGCACCGUCAACCCCAUCGUCAUUCAUAAGCGCAGCAAGGUCAAGACAGAGGCCGAGGGCCUGCGGCCAGCCUCCCCACUGACCCUGACGCAGGAGCAGCUUGCUGACCUCAAGGAAGACCUGGACAGGGAUGACUGUAAGCAGGAGGCCGAAGUGAUCAUCUACGAGACCAACUGCCACUGGGAGGACUGCACCAAGGAGUACGACACGCAGGAGCAGCUGGUGCAUCACAUCAACAAUGAGCACAUCCAUGGGGAGAAGAAGGAGUUCGUGUGCCGCUGGCAGGCCUGCACGCGGGAGCAGAAGCCCUUCAAGGCGCAGUACAUGCUGGUGGUGCACAUGCGCCGGCACACGGGCGAGAAGCCGCACAAGUGCACGUUCGAGGGCUGCUCAAAGGCCUACUCUCGCCUGGAGAACCUGAAGACGCACCUGCGGUCCCACACUGGGGAGAAACCAUACGUGUGUGAACACGAGGGUUGCAACAAGGCCUUCUCCAACGCCUCAGACCGCGCCAAGCACCAGAACCGCACCCACUCCAACGAGAAACCCUAUAUCUGCAAGAUCCCAGGCUGCACCAAACGCUACACGGACCCCAGCUCUCUCCGGAAGCACGUGAAAACGGUACACGGCCCAGACGCUCACGUCACCAAGAAACAGCGCAACGACGUGCACCUCCGUGCCCCCCUACUCAAGGAGAACGGGGACAGUGAGGCCAGUGCUGAGCCCGGUGGCCGGGGCCCGGAGGAAACUCCCGAGGCCAGCAGCACCAGCCAGGCCGUGGAGGACUGCCUACACGUCAAAGCCAUCAAGACCGAGAGCUCCGGGCUGUGUCAGUCCAGCCCCGGGGCCCAGUCAUCCUGCAGCAGUGAGCCCUCUCCCCUGGGCAGUGCCCCCAACAAUGACAGCGGCGUGGAGAUGCCGGGGACAGGGCCCGGGAGCCUGGGAGACCUGACAGCUCUGGAUGACACGCCCCCGGGGGCCGAUGCCUCAGCGCUGGCCGCUCCCUCUGCUGGUGGCCUGCAGCUGCGCAAACACAUGACCGCCAUGCACCGGUUCGAGCAGCUCAAGAAGGAGAAACUCAAGUCGCUCAAGGAUUCCUGUUCCUGGGCUGGGCCGGCUCCACACACCCGGACCACCAAGCUGCCUCCCCUCCCGGGAAGUGGCUCCAUCCUGGAAAACCUCGGCGGCGGGGGCGGCGGGCCGGCCGGGCUGCUGCCCAACCCGCGGCUGUCCGAGCUGUCCGCGAGCGAGGUGACCAUGCUGAGCCACCUGCAGGACCGCCGCGACAGCUCCACCAGCACGGUCAGCUCCGCCUACACCGUGAGUCGCCGCUCCUCCGGCAUCUCCCCCUACUUCUCCAGCCGCCGUUCCAGCGAAGCGUCGCCCCUGGGCGCCGGCCGCCCCCACAACGCCAGCUCGGCCGACUCCUACGACCCCAUCUCCACCGACGCGUCGCGGCGCUCGAGCGAGGCCAGCCAGUGCAGCGGCGGCCUCCGCCUGCCCGGCCACGCGAGCGUCGACGGCGGCCUGGCCCGCGGCGCUUACUCGCCCCGGCCGCCCAGCAUCAGCGAGCACGUGUCCAUGGAGGCCCUGGCUGCCGGGGCUGACGGCGCGGGGCCCGAGCUGGGCCUCGUGCUGCCGGAGGACGACCUCGUGCUGCCUGACGACGUGGUGCAGUACAUCAAGGCGCACGCCGGCGGGGCCCUGGACGACAGCCCCCAGCAGGCCUAUCCCCCGGAAAGCACCUGCUUCCCUGAGAACCCCAAACUGCCCAGCCCCGGGCUGCAUGGCCAGCGCAGGAUGGUGGCCGCCGACUCCAACGUGGGCCCCGCGGCCCCGGUGCUGGAAGGCUGCCAGCUGGGCUACGGGGCCCCCUCCAGCCUGAACAAGAGCAGCAUGCCUGUGCAGUGGAAUGAGGUGAGCUCCGGCACCAUGGACACCCUGGCCAGCCAGGGGAAGCCUGCGCCCUUCCCGCAGGGCAACCUGGCUGUGGUGCAGCAGAAGCCGGCCUUCGGCCAGUACCCAGGCUAUAGUCCGCAAGGUCUGCCGCUGAGCCCCGGGACCCUGGACACCGCGCAGGCACACUUUCAGCCCUGCGGGGGAGGCCCCUCCGUGCCUAGAAUCAAUUAUCAGCAGCAGCUGCGGCAGCUGGGGACAGGUGGUCAGUGUCCCAAUAUGACCAGCACUGCGAGCCCCCACACCCACUAUGGCCAAGCCCACCCCCAGCUGAGCCCCAGUACCAUGGGUGGGGCCCUGAACCAGUACCCCCCAUCCUGCAGCAACAUGGCAGCCAAGCCAGUCCACCUGGGGCUCCCCCAGCAAAUGGAAGUUGCUCCCGAAGCCACCAUGGUGGGCAGCAACCGCAGGGAACUCGGAAUCACCAAUUCCGCCCUGACCGGGAUGCCACCCCUUCACUCAACCCAGAGCUACCCACAGCAGAGCCAUCACCUGGCAACCCCCAUGAGCCAGGAGGGCUACCGCCAGGGCCCCAACCUUCUGCCUUCCCAGCAACCCGGCUUCAUGGAGCCCCAGCAGGGCGCCAUGGGGGUGGCUGGAUCCAGCUUUGGCCUAGUGCAACCCCGGCCACCCGCUGAGCCCAGUCCUGCUGGCUGCCACCGUGGGGUGCGGGCUGGGCUGCAGCUGGCCUAUGCCAGGGCCACCAGCCAUGCCAUGGCUGCUGGGUCGGCCAACCAGGAGAUGGCAGAGGUGCCCAAAGGAGCGAUGGGCAGCAUGGUGUGCCGGCCCCCUCAGCCACCCCCACAGGACACGGCCGGGGCCCAGGACCACAGCAUGCUCUGCUACUACGGCCAGAUCCACAUGUACGAACAGAACGGGGGCCUGGAGAGCCAUCUGGGCUGCCAGGUCAUGCGGCCCCAGCCACCGCAGCCACAGGCCUGCCCAGACAGCAUCCAACCCCAGCCCUUGCCCUCGCCUGGGGUCAACCAGGUGUCCAGCACGGUGGACUCCCAGCUCCUGGAGGCUCCCCAGAUUGAUUUCGAUGCCAUCAUGGAUGAUGGCGAUCACUCCAGCCUGCUCUCAGGCGCCCUGAGUCCCAGCCUCCUCCACAGCCUCUCCCAGAACUCCUCCUGCCUCACCACCCCCCGGAACUCCCUGACUCUGCCCUCCAUCCCCACGGGCAUCAGCAACAUGGCUGUUGGGGACAUGAGCUCCAUGCUCACCAGCCUGGCCGAGGAGAGCAAGUUCCUGAACAUGAUGACUUAAGGCCCCAACCCCUGGCACUCAUUGGACUCAGAGGAGCCAUCCUUUCCCAGAGCGUGGGGCUUUUGUCAAUUUUGUCUUUUUCCAAAAAAGUAUUAAAUAGGUCUGAGAGAGUGUGGCCAAUGGUUCGUUCAGACCACAGAUGCUUUAAGGGCACAUUUGUGUGUGUUCUGUCUGGUCUUCUUUUGGGCUAUUUUUCAGAGCACUGAAAAAAGUCUCAAUGGGAAGGGCAAAGUAGAAAUGAAAAACUCGUUUGCACAGUGCUUCCCAGCCUUUGGUGUUUAUAGGACCAAAUUGUUCUGGCGUCUUUGCCUCUGUUAUUUGGCUAAUGAGGGAUUUCGUUGGCCAAGUUUUCCAAGUACACGAGGAAAGAGGGUAGAGGGACCACAUUUGGGUUUGAAUCUGAAAGCCAUACUGGAUAUUCUAAUCCAGGAAGAUAAGCUUCUCAUUCCCGUACCUGCGGGGUCAAAGAAUUCUUCUAUGAAGCUUACUUCUUGAGGCCUCUAACAUCCCCCGUGCCACAGAGAAAGAAGAUCUUGACCUGGAUGAUUGGGAAGCACAUCCUGAUUCCAGGUUUGGUAGAGCUGGCACGUCUGCCCCACAAAGCCGAGUGUGCGACUGGCGGACUGUCUAAGUGCAUACGAAUGAAAAAAGUAUGGAAGGAUUGCCAGAGAAGAGAAAGAAAAAUUGUAGUCCUUGGGGCAAGCCCAGGAGCUGCCCUGGCUUCUCCAGACCGUGUUUACAGUGUUCAUGCAUGUCGAAUGUAGCCCUUCCUGGAAAGAACACUUUCUUCUAAAUACCUCGGGGCUGCUGGAGCUGCUGUGGGUUAGGGAUGGACCCAGGCGAGCCAAAGCCUGGCACGCGGCCUCGAGAAAGUGGGAGAGCACCAGGGGCCCAGCCUCGGGCCACCCUGGAGAUCGCCCGUAAGAAGAGGAAGUCGUAUGUUUACCCAAUUCUGUCUCUCCAGUGCACUGUCCACCCACUUGACCAUGGAAAAGCCCAGGACUUGACAGCAGCCUCCGCCUAGGCUCCCCUGGGCUGUGUUGUCCGCUCACCCGCAGCCCAGGGGUCUAUACUGAGGCACAUGUGCAGUCCCGGGAUCUUCCGGACUCCUUCCCUCACUCCUCCUGCUCAUUUUGCAAAGUACGAUGACCUGCAUGGUGUUUUGGUGGGGGUGGGGGUGGGAGUGUGACGUGGUUGAUUCUUGUGACUCUGAGGGACCGUCACUGAAUGUUCCUGUUCGGCGUGACCAAUCCCCACCUGGAAAUGGAGUUUGGAACUGGCAUCAGAAGACAUUGUUCCUGAACAUACUGCUGGGUGACUCGGUGCCUCCCCCCACACACACACACACCGCACACACACACACACCGCACACCUUCCCGUGUUGAAUUCGUGGCGACCUUGCCAAAACCAACCGCACCACUAGGAGCCGGAUGCCAUGACCCUGGCCUCAACCAGGACAGGGCUGAAACUUUACCUGGGCCCUCCGUGUCCCAGAACAUCAGAUGCUUUGUUAGGGUCCAAAGACAAAGCCAAUGCCAGAUAACAGCCCUGGGACGCCUCCAGGGGUCUGGGCUCCAUGGCGGUGUUCAUGCAGUCCCUGAGCUAGGAUUUCGCUAGCCGUUCCCAGCCUGUGUAUAGUCUGUACAGACGGCAUCAGCCCUGAAAAUACUGUAGGUCAGUCAGCCAGCCAGAUUUAUAUCUCCAAAAUAGUUAGCUUUUUCUACAUGCUAUGAAUUGAGAUGACACGCUCAACU